CUAUUCUACCUUUUUGAUAACUUUACUAAAACGUUACAUUUUAAUCUUUAAAAUACCCUUUUUCAUGGUUAAAGAACUUUUUUUUUUUUAUCUCUUAUGUGAACAUUAGAGAAACAUAAUUUUGAAAAUGCUAUGAUAACCUUCUUUUCUUGUUUCUGAACAGUUCGGACAGGUUCUGCGCGCACACUAGACGUGUCCGCUUUAAGAACAUUCCCUAAACUUUAAUAAUGAACACAGAGGAACUGGAAGUGUUUUGGGCAAUGACGUCAUCAGGGCUGCGCCAGGCUGCAGAGAAUCCAUCGAGCAGAGGUUUGUGUUUUAAAACGGAAUAAUAAGCGAUUAAGAUGUGUGAAACGGUGACAGAUGAACCCUUGUUUUACACAAGUAUCUUCCAGCGACAUUGUUAUUCUCGAUCAUUAGAUCUGAUAGAUUACUCUCGGAUAUAAAUGGCAAUCGUGAAGUAUAUUGUUAGGUAAAUAAUGCAACUUAUAUGGUGAUAUAUGCGUGACCGAUUGAUAUAUUUCGCCUUUUGUUUUAUUUCAUCGUGACCAAGAAGAGAAUAUCUGCUUCUAAUAACUGCUGUAAAGAUGGAGCUUAUUAAAGAGAAGAGUGAUGCAGAAACAUCUGGAGAGAGAGAUGAAGAAACAGAGGAACAGAGAGACCUGACAGAAGAGAAAGAUGAAAGUCAAGAACAGAAUCAGGAAAAGUCUUCUAGUUCCUCAGACACUGAAGAGAACGUUUCACAAAAGAGAGCGGACGCUAAAGGCUCGUUCUCCUGCUCUCAGUGUGGAAAGAGCUUCACUCGUAAAGGACACCUGGAGGUUCACAUGGUGAUCCACACCGGAGAGAGACCAUACACCUGUCCUCAGUGCGCCAAGAGCUUCACCUGCAAAGGAAGCCUGAAGGAUCACUUCAAGAUCCACACCGGAGAGAGACCUUUCAGCUGUCCUCAGUGCGGAAAGAGCUUCACAAACUCUGGAGGACUGAAGAGGCAUGUUCGGAUCCACACCGGAGAGAGGCCGUUCACGUGCCGUCAGUGUGCGAAGAGCUUCCCGAGCUCAGGAGAGCUGAAGAGACACAUACGGAUUCACUCGCGAGAGAGACCUUACAGCUGCCCUCAGUGCGGAAAGAGCUACAAACAGAAGGAGGUUCUGAGGGAACACGCCAAAAUCCACUCGGGAGAGAAGCCUUUCACGUGCAUGCUGUGCAGGAAGAGCUUCACACAGCAGAGCACGCUCAAAGUUCACAUGAAGGUCCAUUCAGGAGAGAAGCUACACCAGUGUCCUGAAUGCGGCAGGAGGUUUUCAGAGGCCUGCAAUCUCAAAACUCACCUGCUCUCUCACACCGGAGAAAGACCCUUUCACUGUCAGCGCUGCGACAAGAAGUUUUUCCUGGCCGUGCACCUCAAAACACACAUGAGGAUCCACGAGGACGAGCGGCGAUACGUGUGUUCAUUCUGCGGGAAGAGCUUUCUGUGGCUGCACGGGUUUAAAGACCAUCAGAAAACUCAUAUGGGUGAGAAACCCUACGAGUGUCAGGACUGUGGGAAGACCUUUGCGAGAGCCGCCGAGCUGAAAGUGCAUGAACGGAUCCACACUGGAGAGAAACCCUACAAGUGUUCCCACUGUGAGAAGAGCUUCACUCAGUCGUCAGGACUGAAAGUGCACGAGAGAGUCCACACCGGAGAGAAACCGUACCUCUGUCCUUCCUGUGGGAAGACCUUCAGCCGAUACGGGAGUCUGGGAAAACAUUUAAAAAAGGCUUGUCCAAAGCUGAAGAAGUGAGCAAGAUUCAACACUUCUGGAUUUUUACCCCAACAAAAGACCACACAUGUCCCUGCAGCACAGAAGCAGUCAUCAGUAGCACAGGUGUAUUUGUACAAAUACACAACAAUACAUUGUUAGGGUCAAAAUUAUACAUUUCUCUUUUAUCCCCAAAAUCAUUAAGAUAUUAAGUAAAGAUCAUGUUCCAUGAAGAUAUUUAGUAAAUUUCCUACCAUAAAUAUAUAAAAACUUAAAUUUUGAUUAGUAAUAUGCAGUGCUAAGAACUUCAUUUGAACAAUUUUAAAGAUAUUUUCUCAAUAUUUAGAUUUUCAUAUUUUUCCAGGUUUUCAAAUAGUUGUAUCUCAGCCAAAUAUGGUCCUGUCCUAACAAACCAAUCCUUAUUUAUUCAGCUUUCAGAUCAUGUAUAAAUCUCACUUUGACCCUUAUGACUGGGUUAGUGCUCCAGACUUACAUUUAGGAUAUUUAAGGGAGGUCGAAGUAUUGGUUUAGAAAAAACUUUGCUCAAAUCCUCCUGGGAAGUUCGCACUUAUGAGUUUACAAGUCGUAAUUACCACGUCUGGUGCGCUCAAGUUACUUUAGUCAGAACAUGAUGCCGAUUCAAAUUUUUACAUACUUUUAACUUAGUUUAACAUAGUUAACAUUGACCGGCUGCAUAUCAUAUUGAGCUGAAGAAACUGAUUUACACUAAAUAGUGGUCUUUGGCGGCUGCUUUGCAUCCAACAUGUUUUUCCACUGACACGCCGCCAACACGGAAACUCUGAGCUUAAAGAAAAUUUAGUUUCCCACUCGUAAUAACCACUUUGUGACGGCGUUCAUCUGUGUUCAACUCAUAAAUACGAUCUUUCCGACAUGAACGCAACAUUACAGUAUUCACAUUUCUUUGCAUGUGGUAGCACUUAUCAAACUGUACAAACAUCAGUGUCUUUGCCUUUCUAUGUAAUUUAGUUAACUGUAGCUCUUCAGUGCUGAAAAUGAUUUCACAGUAUACUGUGUAGUUCUAGUGAUUCCGACCUUGUAGAAAAGUAUCAGCUAAUAAAGUAGCAUGCAGUGAGCAGAAAGAGCAAAUCUGGUUCUAAUGAACAGUUUUUGUAACAUUGUAUCUUACAGCUUUAUUGUAAUACUGUUGAUUCCUGCUUUGAUGGAAACAUUGUAUGUUGUUGUUUACGUGUGCUGCAACACUACGAACUGUGCCUUAUAUUCCUCCUCACUCCACCAGAUGAAGCUUCAAGCCUGAAACUGAAGGAGAAACUCGGACAUGAAAACAUCUUUUGUCUUGUGUUUGCAGAGCCUGAAUAUUCUCACUGUUAUUGUAUUCAGAGUCAUCAGGACCCUGCCUGUUCCAGUCAUGCCUCCAGUUACUCUUCUGCAUUAAUGUUUCUGGCCUGCCUGGCUUCAGUGGCUUGUGUUUCUGAAUGCUGUCUGUCUACCUUUGCUCUUAAUUGUUUGUGUUAAAAUAUCCAACAGUCCCUUUAUUAAAAUGAAGAAUAUGAAUUCCAAA